CUUCGGGAUGUCAAUCACGGAUAUGGGGCCGGGUUUCAUCACGCUAAUCCUUUAAAUUCAACCGCCAACCAUGCUUCUCAUCGGACUGACGGGCUCGAUUGCCACGGGCAAGUCGACAGUCUCGUCGAUGCUCGCUUCAGGCCCAUACAACCUGCCUAUCGUGGAUGCCGAUGUCAUAGCGCGCCAGGUCGUGGAGCCCGGCACCAAGGGCUACAAUGCAAUCGUGAGGUACUUUGGUCCCACGACGCCCGACCUUCUCGUGGAGGCGUCAGAGAGCAUGCCAGAGACCGGUCCCGACGGCAAGGGCAGACCCCUCAACCGGCCGGCGCUGGGGCGGCGCAUCUUUGGGGACAGCGAGGAACGCAAGAAGGACCGACAGGUGCUCAACGGUAUCGUGCACCCGGCGGUGCGGUGGGAGAUGUUUCGGAUGGUCGUCGGGUGCUACCUGCGAGGCCACUGGGCGGUAGUGCUCGACAUCCCGCUGCUGUUUGAGAGCGGGCUGGACCGGUUCUGCGGCGUGUCGGUGGUGGUGGGCGUGCGAGACCCGGCGAUCCAGAUGCAGCGACUGCGCGCGCGCGACCCGCACCUGAGCGCCGAGGACGCGGAGAACCGGGUGCGCAGCCAGACGGAUGUGCGGGACAAGGCACGCAGGGCCGAGGAGCGCGGCGCCGGCAAGGGUGCGGUGCUGUGGAACGACGGGACGCGCGAGGAGCUUGCCGAGCAGCUGAAGGGCGCGCUGGGCGAGAUGCGAAAAGGGCAUCCGGACUGGUGGGCGUGGGUGCUGCUGGGAUGUCCGCCGCUGGCGGUUGCUGUUACGGCGUGGCGAUACUAUCAGAAUAUUCAGAUCAACAAGCGAUGGGAGGGACGAAGUGGCGAGCUCAAGGGAAAGCUGUGAGGGUCAAGUGUCGAGGCACACUCGCGCAUCUUCUCGCAUAGAACCCAGAGGCGCCGGAACGAGAUAAAUCAUGAUCAGUAUUCUAGCCACAGUGAUGCUCAUGAAUGAUGAAUGGUUUUGUGGGGGAG